UUUACUUCUUCAAACUCAAAUGGCGACGACGGAGCAGCAACACGAGCUUUCUGGCAAUCAUGCCACAGGAAAACUAGGAUUUUCUCUGGAUGUUCCCUUCCCAUCCAGCCGUGAAGCUCUUAUCGCUCUGCGGUCUCUGUCUCCAGACAAAGAGCCCCGCAAAGGAGGCAUCAGCAAAGAGAUCACAGUGAAAGACAACACACUGUCUGUGAGGUGGAGUGCAGACGAAGCUCGUAUUCUCCGUGUUUCUGUGAAUUCAUUUAUGGAUCAUCUAUUACUUGUAUUAGAGACUAUGGAGAUGUUUAGUCUUCCAGUUUCACAAUGAUUAGGAAUCUUUACUUUAGCGUAGGCCUGAUUGAUCUGAUGGUAAAUCUUCCUUCAGUUGCCUUGUUGAACAUGAUGUAUCAACUAUUUGCUUUACUUGGAAUAUUUGACCUGUUGACAUGAAAAAUCAGUUCACAUAGUCCUAUGCACAUUUCCUGUUUGUGUACAUAGACAUGUGAUAUUGUCUUUUACAUUUAGCCACGAGGAGAGGCUGCUAGUCAAUGAAAAAUCGUGGUUGGCUUUUUCUGGUGUAUGGUUUAUUUUCAUUUACGCUUGCGACUGUGACAGACUAGACUUGUCAACUAAACAGCAAAUGGAAAAAUAAAAUAAUCAAAGCAGUGAAGAGGACUA